GGCAACAUCUUCUGUACCUGCUGAGCUGCUGUAUCUUUGGAGGAUGCUGUCAGAGGGUUACCUUUACAGAAUUGCCUACCUUUCUGAAGACCUGAACCCUGAGCUCUACAGCAAGAGUCCAGGUGAGGAAGCGGUUUAUGAAAUGAGAUCCAUUAAUUGUUCUUCCGUGGAUGAAGCACAAGGAAAAAGCCUCCUUCAGAGAUGCAGAUCUGCUAGCAAGUGCAUUUCCUCAGUCUGCUCUAGAGGUAGCAAGCACAGCAGAAAGCAGAAGGAUAAUCUCCUACAGCCUACCCAGCACCCCACGGCCCCAGGGCAGCCGUCUCCAGCCAUGCAUGCCUGCAAGAGGCUGACAAGAAAGGACACCUACCUGGUUCCACCUUCCUGCAAAAGCAUUUGCAAGAACUACAACGAUUUGCACAUUGCUGGGGACUAUGUCGUGCCGAUUAGCUCUGUCACAACAGAUUUUACCUGUGACAGUGGCAUAGGCCCUUUCUUGGAGUCCUCAGAGAUCCCUCCUCCCAUGGAAUCUGUGCGGACUCCCCCCGUUUCCAGUGACAGCAGCCUCAAGAAGGUCCAAGGCUACUCCUCCUGCUGGCGGCUGGCAAGCUUAGUGCCUCACCAGCAGCCCCUCUCUGACUCAGCCCUGAACGACUACCUUGAACAGAAGCUGGUGGAGCUAUACAAGCAGUACAUCAUGGAUAGCACAGCGAACAGGGCAUCCCCUUCCCAGAUCUUGGCCUCAGAGCUGAUAAUGGCUAAUGUAGAUCAAAUCAGUAUGCAGAUAUCACGGGAGAAGAAUAUGGAGACCACUAAGGCCAAAGACAUUGUCAUUAGCUGCUUCUUACGAAUAGCCAGUGAAAAAAUAUCUUCAGAAAUGAGCACACCUAGCCUGCACAUUUCCCAGUAUAGCCACACUAAUUUAUAG